CUGUCCGACCGAGCAUCGGAGGAGGAGGUGUUCCUGGUAGCCAUCUUGGAUGUGCGGAGUGAUUGUUUAGCGAGYAGAAUUGACAAUUUGUUUUUAAAAUUAAGCUUUUUUUUAUUGAAUCGCCGAAGAUUUAUCGUAGCGUAGCGACGGAGAAACUCAACCUCGACUUGGAGAAAUCCAGUGAGAGAAGGCAUGAAGACAUCAUCUUAGUCAUCAGUCAUGGCCGAUAAAAGGAAACUUCAAGGUGAAAUAGAUCGAUGUCUGAAAAAAGUAGCGGAGGGCGUAGAGCAGUUUGAAGACAUUUGGCAAAAGCUCCACAAUGCAGCCAACGCAAACCAGAAGGAGAAAUAUGAAGCCGAUCUCAAAAAAGAGAUUAAAAAGCUACAGCGUCUCCGAGACCAGAUCAAGACGUGGGUGGCAUCCAACGAGAUCAAAGACAAGAGGCAGCUAGUAGAGAACCGCAAACUCAUAGAAACGCAAAUGGAGCGUUUCAAGAUUGUGGAAAGAGAAACCAAGACGAAAGCAUAUUCAAAAGAAGGGCUCGGUCUUGCCCAGAAAGUGGACCCGGCACAGAGGGAGAAAGAGGAAGUGGGAACGUGGUUGACGAACACGAUAGACACGUUGAACAUGCAGGUGGACCARUUUGAAAGCGAAGUGGAGUCUCUGUCAGUCCAGACGAGGAAAAAGAAAGGAGACAAAGAGAAGCAGGACCGGAUCGAGGAGCUGAAAAAGUUCAUCGAGAAGCAUCGGUACCACAUCCGAAUGCUGGAGACGAUACUGAGGAUGCUGGACAAUGACUCGGUGCAGGUGGACGCCAUCAAAAAGAUAAAGGAUGAUGUGGAGUACUAUAUAGACUCAUCGCAGGAUCCAGACUUUGAAGAGAAUGAGUUCCUUUAUGACGACCUGGACCUGGACGACAUUCCUCAGUCGCUGGUUGCCACGUCCCCGCCGGGCCACUCGCACCUGGAGGACGAGAUCUUCCAGAACUCCAGCAGCACGCCCACCUCCACCACAUCAUCUUCUCCCAUCCCCCCUUCGCCUGCCACUUGCACUACGGAAAACUCAGAAGAUGACAAGAAGAGGGGACGUUCAACAGACAGUGAAGUUAGCCAGUCACCUGUAAAAAACGGGAAUCCCUCCUCUUCGUUGUCUUCCUCUUCCUCGUCGUCUUCUUCCGCUUCGGGACUGACCUCAUCCUCCCUGGUCUCUUUGGCCACCAUGGCCGGUGGCGGCGGUGGCUGCGGGGGCAGCAGUCAUCACAACAACAUCUCCCACACUUCGGCCGGCAGCUACAGCAACGCCACGCAGCAGCCGCCCCACCCGUCGGUGCAGCAGCAGGCCAAACACUCGGCGGGCUCCUCGGCCCCCCUCUCCAACUCGAGCGUCUCCACCAACAGCCACAGCGCCCCCUCGGCAUCCUCGCCACCGAACGUCGGCACGCAGGGGCUUCUCACUUCGAACUCCCAGCCCCCGGCGCCUUUGGGGCCCGCGUCAUCCUCCAACAGCCUCGGCCUCAGUCUGGGACUCUCUCUGGGAAAAAGCAUCCUGUCCAGUUCCAUCCCCACCAGCCCAAUGUCGGGGGGCCUCGGCCUGUCAGGGAUGCCGGCGUCUCUGAGCACGAUGGCCAGCCUCCUGUCCAGCUCCACCCCGACUCCUUACGCCCAAGCGGCCGCCUUAGGCACGGGCAGCUCAGGCCUGCCGGGCUCCCUCGGAGGCGUCAGUGCCUCGACCACCAGCAACGCGUUGGGGGCCAUCGGCAGCGGGAGCAUCACAGUCGGCGGGCCGACUUCCUCCUCGGGGGGCGUGCUGAGCGCRGCCCCGGGAGUGGGCAGCAUCGGCUCCGGGAUUCUGGGUUUGAGCUCUGGUCAGUCGGGGGUGCAGGGGUCUUCCCUGCUGCCGCAGAGUCCCGUGGGAAGCUUAGCUCCRGGAAGUGGGAUCGGCGUGAUCGGGAGCAGUGGAGGCGGCUCGGGAUCGACGGGAAGCGGGAUGGUGGGAGGAAACUCAUCGCUGUCGGUGCGACCGCCGAGCCAACAGAAGCAGAACGGUAGCACGAGUUACAGUGCUGUGGUCGCAGACAGCACAACAGAACCCGCCCUCAACAGUGCCACCCAAUCUCAAAGCAGCCAAUCCUCAUCUUUGACCUCCACAGUCAGUCAGCUUAAGGACACUGGUCCCAGUUUACUGGGUUCUUUGAGUUUGUCAUCCAGCUCCCCGUCACCGGCCUCAUACAGCGAGGCGAAAACGUCCAGCCUGCUGAACGGACCGCUGUCCUACUCGCCCCCCGAAAGCAUCAAGCCCCAGGAGUCUCUGAGCAGCCUCAAGUCCAUCUCUGACCAAACAGCACUCAGCUCAGGGAUCGAGGGAGAUGUGGCCUCCCUGCACCUUACUCCAGACAUCUUCCCCAGCAGCACUACAGCCCAGUCAGGCCCCUCAUCAGCACCUCAGCCCUCGCUGUCAGAGGUCAGCAUCCUCCCCUCGCUGGGGGUCUGUCCGCUGGGGCCGGUUCCCCUUUCCAAAGACCAGCUCUACCAACAGGCCAUGCAGGACUCAGCGUGGAUGCACAUGCCCCACCCGUCCGACUCCGAGAGAAUCAGGCAGUAUCUUAUGAGGAACCCCUGCCCCACCCCACCUUUCCACCACCAGAUGCCACCACCUCACUCCGACACUGUAGAGUUUUACCAGAGGCUCUCCACGGAGACUCUCUUUUUCAUCUUUUACUACCUGGAGGGCACUAAGGCCCAGUAUCUGGCAGCCAAAGCCCUGAAGAAACAAUCGUGGAGGUUCCACACGAAAUACAUGAUGUGGUUUCAGAGGCACGAAGAGCCCAAGACCAUCACUGAUGAGUUUGAGCAGGGAACAUACAUUUACUUUGACUACGAGAAGUGGGGCCAGAGGAAGAAGGAGGGCUUCACGUUUGAGUAUCGGUACCUAGAAGACCGAGACCUCCAGUGACCUGCACAGAGACAGCCGAACGGACAGCUGAGAAAGUACGAGAGGGACUGAUGGAAGGAAGAGGGAUCUGCCUGCUGACAUUCCUGGACUUGACCUGGGCUCGCUAAAGGAAGGAGACCAGAGGGACAGAACGAAGGGGGGAGACGGGUGGAUGUGCAAGGGCACAUAGCCCUCCCCUUCCYCUGCAACUGACCCUCCAACCCCGCCUUACCAUCCUCACCUCGGCAGUAACAAACCCUACCCUGUCAUCUCCUCUCUUUCUCUCCAUCAACACACCUUUUUUUUGUAUUUUUUGCAUCCUUUGUCGCGAACCACACCCAGAACCACACCCAGAACCACACCACCACGUGUUUCCGUCUUGUUUUGUUGGUUUUCUGAGCUCCACAGGGACCAAAGGGAUUUGCUGAAUAACGUGUAAAAGCAAAACUGAAUCUUGUCUCGCAGAUAAAACAACCGAAGGGUUUCCCUUCAUCCGUGCCGCAGCAGAUUUUCAGGCAGGCAGUUAAGCAUGAAAGCAAAUGUGUUUUUUUUUUUUGAUUUUUUUACGAUUGGGCAGCUUCGAGAUUUCAUAUUAAGCAGCAAAAAGAGGCUGUUUACCACAAUUAAAUCCCAUUAACAGAACAUGAACUUMAACUCAAAAAAGCCAGCGGAAUAUAUUUGAUGUUCUGAGUUUGGCCUGAAUUUCCCAGAUUACUGAUUUUUUAAAAUUAAAGUUUUUCCUCAAAGUUUUUAUUUCCUAAAAUUUGCCUUAGUUUGAUCAUGAUUCAAUGCAAAGAGGUUUGUCAGAUUUAAAUUAGACAUGUUAGCCUAAAUAGAAGAAAUUGUCAUCCUGCCCUGCAGCUGCGAGGUUUGUUCUCGCCUCAGCAUCCUGCCUUCACCUCCCCGUUAACACUACCGCCAGCCCAGUAUGAGUAAAUGUUUACCGYGGGUGGCACCAUUCGCACUUACCUGUCUUUCAGAGGUCCUGCUGUUCUACUCUGAUGAGGCAAAAAUUAUUAUUAUUAUUAUUUGUUUUUUAAUUCCGGAAGGUCUAAAAAUACUCGGUCCUGCCUACUCCCAUGGAGCCGCAGUGAUGGAGUGCGACAGCGAGCCGACGAGGCGUCGGUAGUAACCGGCUUUUACCUGCUGGUUAUGUCACACGUUUCAGUGUUUUCACUGAAAUUAGGUCAAACUUUUGGUUUUUCUGUCCUGCRUCCAGCCGUGAACAGGUUCUUCCUGCUGUUUGAGACUGUUUUGCCUGGUGAAGGUGAAAGAAACCAACACAGGAUUAAGAUUUAUCUCAAAUUUACCUCCACUGUUGGGAGGUACGGUGGCUGAAAGGGCUCAAGAAAAUGCACUGCAACUAAAAACGUUAUAAUGAAAUGAACUGAAAAUGAGCAACCAUCCUGCAAACGGUCACAGCAGAAACAGGCAAAGAAAUGUGCUGCAAAUUACAAAAAAUAAAUAAUCCAGAAGAUAUAAACGUGACAAAAAUACUACAAAUGUUUGUUUUUCUACGUCGAUAAUAAUAAUCAACCUUGUAUUUGUAUAUUUAUAUAAAUGUCCUAGUUAUUUCAACAACGAGUAAUAAAUGCAAGUUAGUGUAAAUGUGACAUAUUUAUGAAAUUUUCUGUCCAGUUUUCGACCUAAAAUUACGUUAGAUGAAAUUUGACGUAAAUUUCUGAAUAAAUUCACCAACUUGUUGCUCAGCCACCCUUUAGUUUAUAGGCCUUACACUUARUAAGAAAGUUUGUCGUUGAAAAUCAAAUGAAAAUUUAAAGUUUUUAUAUUAGUUUCUGUCUAAAACGUUGAAUUUAAAACAUUCUGGGUUAAACUUAAUGCACAAAUUAAUUUCUUUGUUUGCAGUGAGCUUUUGCAGCCUUUUUGUUGCUCGUCAGUUUUAGUUGCAGCGCACCGAGCCGUGCAGAAGUUUCAGACACGUUUUCAGCAGACGUUUGUCGUCGACUUUGAACUGGAAGCUUGCGUGACUCCACACAAAACAAAACUGGAUAUCUCACAACCCAAAACAGCUGAAACGAGAACUGUCUGCUCCACGUCUGCAGCUGGAGUCGGAUUUAGAGCGUCGAUCGUUUUAACACACAAAAAGCUCCGGGAGUGAUGAGUGUGAGCGUCGUGGGUGUCGGACGCUGCCAGCAGCUGGACAGACACUUUGAUUUGUCUCCUACCAGCCUGCCUACCUUCCUCCCUCCUCCUCCUCUCUGUGCCGAAGAGCACAAACACCAGCACUGCUGCCCACUCCUCCUCUGUCCUCCAGCUUUCAUGUUUACUCACAGAGGGAUUCAACUGGGGCCACCGCACUCACACACACACACACACACACACCAACAGCUCGUUUACCAUCCAUCCUUAAACGAUUCCUUCUUCCUCUCCUCCUGUCUCAGCCUCCUUCCUCCUUCCAUUUCUCUCCAUGCCAGGUAGAUCUUUCCUUUAUUUCUCAGGAAGCAUUCGAUUUGACCAUUUUUACGAGGAAAUGUGUCCGCCAGCAGCUCCUGUCGCCACAGCACAACAAAGCGAGUAACGUCUCAGCAGCAACUCGUACCGUCGUUUCAAUUUGGGUCUCGUUUGAGAAGCGUUCGCUCGUUUCUGUCCUGGACAGUGGCCCUUUUUUUUAUUUUAUAAAAAGCUUUUUUUUUGUUUGUUUUUGGAAAAAUAGAAAUAUCCUCCAAUGUUUGGAGCAGCUGCUGGAAAAGAGACCAUCUUUAUAUUAUCUGUUUGUUGUGGUUGAUUGUGCAUUACUUUGUUUUGUUUUUUUUUUUCCCCCAAACAAAUCAUUUUAAAUCCCUGAGGAGAAGAAAGAUCUGAGUUCUUUUUCAAGAUCAGGAUUUUUGGGGUGUUUUUAUAGCCAAAACACAAGAAAAAACAGACUCACAAACCCGACACGUAUUCACUUGACUGACAGUCCUGCUUUUAACCUUUUUGUUUACCUGUUUUUGUUUUUUCUGACAAGCGGACGGGACGAGAGGUCGACCCGAGAGCCGAAAUGUGAAUCUCUCUCUACCACUUGUCAAAAAGUGUUGCAUAGACUCUCAUUCUUCAAACCUCUCCUUUGUAUUUUUUAUUUUUCCUGUUUGUUGUCGUCAGACAGCAUGGAAUUAUGACACUUGCAAAGUGGCGCUGAAAAAAGUAAAUAAUGACAUAACCAUGAUUAAAGGAUUGUAAAAUAUUAAUAAAAGAGUUACUUUUCAGAAAAAAA